UGGCGGCGGCCAUGCCGCCUCCCGCCGCCGCUGCCGCCGCCGCCUCCCCGCGCCCUUCCCGCGCUUUUUAACGGCCUCGCCGCCGCCGGGGCCGCCCCCGGGGCCUCGCCGAGCCCUUGCCGCCCCCGCCGUGAGGGCGCGGCCAUGGACGGGCCGGGCGCGGCGGCGGCGGCGGGCGCGGGGCCCGGGCCCUGCAACGUGCCCGCCUUCCUCACCAAGCUGUGGACGCUCGUGGAGGACCCCGAGACCGACUCGCUGAUCUGCUGGAGCCCCAGCGGGAGCAGCUUCCACGUCCUCGACCAGGGCCAGUUCUCCAAGGAGGUGCUGCCCAAGUACUUCAAGCACAACAACAUGGCCAGCUUCGUCAGACAGCUCAACAUGUACGGCUUCCGGAAGGUGGUGCACCUGGAGCAGGGCGGGCUGGUGAAGCCCGAGAAGGACGACACGGAAUUCCAGCACCCGUUCUUCCUGCGCGGCCAGGAGCAGCUCCUGGAGAACAUCAAGAGGAAAGUCACCAGCGUGUCGGCGCUGAAGGGGGACGAGGUGCGCGUGCGGCAGGACAGCGUGGCGCGGCUGCUGGCCGACAUGCAGGCCAUGCGCGGCAAGCAGGAGAGCCUGGACUCCCGCCUGCUCGCCAUGAAACACGAGAACGAGGCUCUGUGGCGGGAGGUGGCCAGCCUGCGCCAGAAGCACGCGCAGCAGCAGAAGGUCGUCAACAAGCUGAUCCAGUUCCUGAUCUCCCUGGUGCAAUCCAACCGGAUCCUGGGCGUCAAGAGGAAAAUCCCCCUGAUGCUGAACGACGGCGGCUCCGCACAUUCCAUGCCCAAGUACAGCCGGCCCUAUUCCCUGGAGCACUGCGGGAAUUCCGCCUUCGCCGCGGCGCCUGCGGCGCGCUCGGGCCCGGCGCUGCUCCCGGCGGAUCCCGGCCCCCCCCGCGGCCCCGCCCGCGCCAUCGCUGACGUCAUCGCUGACGUCACCGUCACCGAGCUGCCCCCGGCCAGCCCCGAGGGCUCCCCCGACGGCAGGAGCAGCCCGGCCAUCCGGAUCAAGGAGGAGCCUCCCAGCCCCACGCGGAGCCCGAAGGUGGAGGAGCCCAAGAACGCCGGGAAUUCCGGGAACGCCGGGAAUUCCGAGACCCCCCUGUCCCCCUCCACCUUCAUCGACUCCAUCCUGCGGGAAAACGACUCCGGAGCCGCUCCCGGGAAUCCCCAAUCCCAGGAAAAGUGCCUGAGCGUCGCCUGCCUCGACAAGUCGGAGCUGAACGAGCACCUGGACUCGGUGGACUCCAGCCUGGAGAACCUGCAGGCGCUGCUCAGCUCCCACGGCUUCAGCAUGGACAGCGCCCUGCUCGACCUCUUCAGCCCGUCCAUGGCGGUGCCGGACGUGACCCUGCCGGACCUGGACAGCAGCCUGGCCAGCAUCCAGGAUCUCCUCUCCAACCAGGAGCAGCAGAAACCGGCGGAGGCCGAGCCCGGCGCCGGCGAUUCCGGGAAGCAGCUGGUGCCCUGCACGGUCCAGCCGCUGUUCCUGGUGGAUUCCAGCGCCGUGGACGUCGGAUCCGGGGAUCUGCCCAUCUUUUUCGAGCUGGGGGAGGGGCCGUGCUUCCCGGACGGGGACGAGUAUCCCGAGGAGUACCCGGAGGAGUAUCCCGAGGAGUAUCCCGAGGAGUACCCCGAGGAGUAUCCCGAGGAUCCCGCGCUGCUCCCGCGGCCGCCCACGCCCGAGGACCCGGCCGUGUCCUAAAGCCGGGAUCGGGGACACGGACAGGGACAGGAUCCCGAGGGGGAAAAAAGGAUCCCGGGGAGGGAAAAAAAAAACCGGGAUUCCGGGAAGGGAAAAAAAACCGGGAUCCCGGGAAGGGAAGGAAGCCCCGAGGGACUCGUCCUGCUUCGCACAGAGCCCGGGGACGCCGCUCCCCUCGGAGCAGCCCGCCGGAUCCCGGGGGAUCCUGGGGGAUUCCAGGAAAUCCCAGAACAUCCUGGGGGAUCCCAAAUCAUCCUGAGGAAUUCCAGGAAAUCCUGGGGGAUCCCAAAUCAUCCUGGGCGAUCCCGGGAAAUCCCAGAACAUCCUGGGGGAUCCCAGAUCAUCCCGGGGGAUCCUGGAGCAUCCUGGAGGAUCCCAAACCAUCCUGGGGGAUCCCAGGAAAUCCCAGAACAUCCUGGGGGAUCCCAAACCAUCCUGGGGGAUCCUGGGAAAUCCCAGAACAUCCUGGAGGAUCCCAAACCAUCCCGGGGGAUCCCAGGAAAUCCCAGCGGAUCCUGAAGCAUCCUGGAACAUCCUGGAGGAUCCCAAAUCAUCCCAGAGAAUUCCGGGAAAUCCCAGCGGAUCCCGGGGGAUCCUGGAGCAUCCUGGAGUAUCCCAAAUAAUCCUGGGGAAUUACAGGAAAUCCCGGAGGAUUCCAGGGGAUCCCAAAUCAUCCCGGGGGAUUCCGGGAAAUCCCAGAUGAUCCCAAGGAAUUUUGGAGCACACCGGAGGAUCCCAAAUCACCCCAGAGAAUUCCAGGAAAUCCCAGAGGAUCCCGGGGAAUCCUGGACCAUCCUGGACCAUCCCAGGGAAUCCCGGAGGAUCCUGGAGCAUCCUGGAGGAUCCCAGAUCAUCCCGGGACAUCGCAGAGGAUCCCGGGAAAUCCCGGAGCAUCACAAGGGAUCCCAAAUCGUCCUGGGGAAUCCCGGAGCAUUCCAGGAGAUCCUAAAGCAUCCCAGAGCAUCGCAAUGGAUCCCAGGGGAUCCCUCCGUUCUCUUGCUCCCGGGGCGUUCCCAAAUCCCAAAGUUCCCGGAGUCGGAGCCGGAUCCCGCCCGAGGGCUCCGGGAAAAGGGGGAUCCACUCGAUCCCGGGGAUCCCAAGGGAGUCAGAGGGGUGGGAUGGGGGGGCAGGGGAUCCCAGGGAUCCGCCGGAUCCGGGGAGCGACGGAGCCCCGGGAUCUGGGGGAGCCGAAAUCCAGGGAUCCCCAAAUCCUGGAAGAGCCCAGAAAAGAAUGGGACCCCAAAAUCCACGGGGUCCUGAAGUACCCCGAAAUCCAGCGGAUCCCAAAAUCCCACGGGACCCCAAAAUCCCGGAGAAAUUUGGAAUGACCCAGGAGCCCGAAAUCCAGCGGAUCCCAAAAAUCUCGCGUGACCCCAGAAUUCCAGGGAAAGCUGGAAUGACCCAGGACCCCAAAAUCCAGUGGAUCCCAAAAUCACAGGGAAACCUGGAAUGCCCCAAGACCCCAAAAUCCCAUGGAUCCCAAAAUCCCAGGGAAACCUGGAAUGCCCCAGAACCCCAAAAUCCAUGAGAUCCCAAAAUCCCAUGGAUCCCGAAAUCCUGGGGAAACCUGGAAUGACCCAGGACCCCAAAAUCCAGCGGAUCCCAAAAUUCCAGGGAAACCUGGGAUGCCCCAAGACCCCAAAAUCCACAGGAUCCCGAAAUCCUGGAAAUCCCACCUGACCCCAAAGCCCGGCAGUGCCUGAACCCCACAAGAUCCCAAAAUCCCACUGGUCCCCAAAAAUCUGGCAGUGCUGGGAGACCCCAAAAUCCAGUGGGAUCCCAAAAUCCAGUGACACCCCAAAACCUGGCAGUGCCCAAAUCCCACAGGACCCCAAAAUCCCACAGGACCCCAAAAAUCUGGCAGUGCUGGGAGACCCCAAAAUCCAGUGGGAUCCCAAAAUCCAGUGACACCCCAAAACCUGGCAGUGCCCAAAUCCCACAGGACCCCAAAACCUGGCACUGCCACAAGACCCCCAGAGCCAGGGGGAACCCCAAAAUCCAGUGGGAUCCCAAAAUCCAAUGGUGUCCUAAAACCUGGCACUGCCCAAAUCCCACGGGACCCCAAAAUCCAUUGGGACCCCAAAAUCCAAUGGGACCCCAAAAUCUGGCAGUGCCACAGGAUCCCCAAAGCCAGGGGAACCCCAAAAUCCAGUGGGAUUCCAGAAGCCAUUGGGACCCCAAAAUCCAGUGGGAUCCCAAAAUCCUGAGGUGCUUCAAAACCUGGCGGUGCCCAAAUCCCACAGGUCCCCAAAAUCCAAUGGGACCCCAAAACCUGGCACUGCCACAAGACUCCCAGUGCAGGGGGAACCCCAAAAUCCUGUGGGACCCCAAAAUCUGGCACUGCCACAAGACCCCCAGAGCCAGGGGGAACCCCAAAAUCCAGUGGGAUCCCAAAAUCCAAUGAUGUCCUAAAACCUGGCACUGCCCAAAUCCCACGGGACCCCAAAAUCCCAAAGCCAGGGGAACCCCAAAAUCCAGUGGGCUCACAGAAGCCAUUGGGACCCCAAAAUCCAGUGGGAUCCCAAAAUCCAAUGGUGUCCUAAAACCUGGCAAUGCCCAAAUCCCACGGGACCCCAGAAUCCAACAUGACCCCAAAAUCUCUCAGGACCCCAAAAUUUGGCACUGCCACAAGAUUCCCAAAGCCAGUGGGACCCCAAAAUCCUGAGGUGCCUCAAAACCUGGCAGUGCCCAAAUCCCACAGGUCCCCAAAAUCCAAUGGGACCCCAAAAUCCUGUGGAAUCCCAAAAUCCAAUGGUGUCCUAAAACCUGGCACUGCCCAAAUCCCACGGGACCCCAAAAUCCAAUGGGACCCCAAAACCUGGCAGUGCCACAGGAUCCCCAAAGCCUGGGUGACCCCAAAAUCCUGUGGGAUCCCAAAAUCUCGAGGUGCCCCAAAACCUGGCACUGCCAUGGGACCCCCAAGGCCCAGGGGACCCCAAAAUCCAUUGGGAUCCCAAAAUUCAGUGGUGCCCCAAAACCUGGCAGUGCCCAAAUCCCACAGGAUCCCAAAACCCCGAGGCCGGGGGGACCCCAAAACCCCCCAGCCCCACAAAGCCCCAAUUCCUGCUCCGGGCAUUCCUGGUUUUUAUUCCUGGCUCCCCUUUGGGGGAUCCUGCUGGAAUUCUGGGGGGAUCUUGCUGGAAUUCUGGGAAAUCCGCUGGAAUUUUGGGGGAUCCCACAGGAAUUCUGGGAAAAUCACUGGAAUUCCGUGGGAUCCCCCUGAAAUUUUGGGGGGAUCCUGCUGGAAUUCUGGGGGAUCCCACCAAAAUUUUGGGGGAUCUUGCUAAAACUCUGGGACAUCCCACUGGAAUUCCGGGGGGAUCCCGCUGGAAUUUUGGGAAAUCCCGCUGGAAUUUUGGGAGAUCCCGCUGGAAUUCCACGCGCUCCCGGUUUGGCGUUCCUGGAUUUCCCCGCUCCGGCUCCGCUCUGAGAUUCGUCCCUGGACCUCGGGAUCGGGAGCAGCGACCCCGGAACCGAACUUGGGGUUUUGGCACGAGAGAAGGACCCGGAUCCCGCGUGGGAUCGAGUCGGGAUUCCAUAAAGGAUCGAUUCAGGAUUCCACGUGGGAACGUGUCGGGGUUCCAUAAAGGAUCGAGUUGGGAUUCCACGUGGGAUCAAGUUGGGACUCCAUGUGGGAAUGCAUCGCAAUUCCAUAAAGGGAUCAAGUCGGGAUUCCACGUGGGAUCGAGUCGGGAUUCCAUGUGGGAAUGUCCGGAUCCUGUGUGGGAAUGUUGGGAAUGCCUAAAUACCAUGUGGGAAUGCUGGGAUCCCACGUGGGAAUGCUGGGAUCCAGUACAGGAACGCCGGGAUCCCGCGUGGGAAUGCUGGGAUCCAGUACAGGAACGCCGGGAUCCCGCGUGGGAACGCCAGGAUCCGAUGAUCCGAUGUGGGAAUGUUGGGAUCCAGUACAGGAACGCCGGGAUCCCGCGUGGGAACACCAGGAUCCGAUGUGGGAAUGUUGGGAUCCAGUACAGGAACGCCGGGAUCCCGCGUGGGAACGCCAGGAUCCGAUGUGGGAAUGCUGGGAUCCAGUACAGGAACGCCGGGAUCCCGUGUGGGAACGCCCGAAUUCCGUAUGGAAAUGUCAGGAUCCCGCGUGGGAACGCCGGGAUCCAGUACAGGAGUGCCGGGAUCCCGUGUGGGAACGCCGGGAUCCCGUGGGACCGUGUGCUCUCCACAUCCAGAUCUCUAUAAAAGCACGGCUCCGCCGCUUUCCCGCCUUC